AUGUCUCCCUACACGAGCUACGGCGCCGUUGUCAUCCAGUCCGGCAGCCACGGGUCCAGUUCGUCGGCCCCAAAAUCAUCCACUGCCUACGCCUCGAUGUCCAGCCAGACAAACUCCUCGUCCGGGUCAACUUCUGACGCGCGAUACCGGUCCGGCUCAUCCACAAGCUAUUACACAGACAUCAAGGAGAUUCGCAACUCCCGUGGUGGAUCCGAGACUGUCGUUGUCCACCACAACAAGCCCAACCCGGACAAGAGCGAGCCCAGAUCCUCAGACCGGUACUACACGAAGUAA